CUCCGAGCGGCCCCGCUCCGCUCCGCCGGCCCCGCUCCGCUCCGGCCGCGCUCCGCUCCGGCCCCGCUCCUCACGGCCCCUUCCCACCCUUCCGCUCCUCUCCGGGCCGCCCCGCUCCUCCCCGAGCCGCCGGGAUGAGCCGCCCGCGCCGGCCGCAGGGCCGGGCUCGCCGAGCGGAGCUGCGCGGGAUGGGAUCGCUCCAGCUCUGAGCCGCGCCGCCCCUCCCUCCACCAUGGGCGACUCUCCGCUGGGGCCGAUCCCGCCGGAGCCGGGCGCUUCCCAAGGGAACGGUGGCGGCCCGGGCGCCUCCUCCCUGAGCGUCAUCACGGAGGGCGUGGGCGAGCUGGCCCUCAUCGACGCCGAGGUGGCCAAGAAAGCCUGCGAGGAGGUCCUGGAGAAGGUCAAGCAGCUCCACGGAUCCGACGCCCUUCCCAACGGACAGAGCUGCCAGAUCCGCUGCCUGGACGAUCCGCCGGGCUCGGGCAUCCAGGAGGAGGAGGAGGAGAGCUCCGGCUCCUCCAGGACGGCCAGGAAACGCCAGCACCAAGCCAAGCAAUCCUGGCUGCUGCGCCUCUUCGAGUCCAAGCUCUUCGACAUCUCCAUGGCCAUCUCCUACCUGUACAACUCCAAGGAGCCCGGCGUGCAGGCCUACAUCGGGAACCGCCUCUUCUGCUUCCGCGACGAGGACGUGGACUUCUACCUCCCGCAGCUCCUCAACAUGUACAUCCACAUGGACGAGGACGUGGGCGACGCCAUCAAGCCCUACAUCGUGCACCGCUGCCGCCAGAGCGUCGACUUCUCGCUGCGCUGCGCGCUGCUGCUGGGCGCCUACUCCUCGGACAUGCACAUCUCCACGCAGCGGCACUCCCGCGGCACCAAGCUGCGCCGCCUCAUCCUCUCCGACGAGCUGAAGCCGGCGGGGAGGAGGAGGGAGCCGGCGGGGCCGGGCCCCGGCGCCGAGGCGGGGCUGUCGCCGUCCAAGCGGACUCACCAGAGGUCCAAGUCGGACGCCACGGCGUCCAUCAGCCUCAGCAGCAACCUGAAGCGCACGGCCAGCAACCCCAAGGUGGAGAGCGAGGAGGAGGAAUUCUCCUCGAGUACGGAAAGCCUGGAUAAAUCCUUGGCUCCCCCGGCCCGGCUGGCUCCGGAGCGGGAGUUCAUCAAGUCGCUGAUGGCCAUCGGGAAGCGCCUGGCCACGCUGCCCACCAAGGAGCAGAAGACGCAGCGCCUCAUCUCGGAGCUGUCGCUGCUCAACCACAAGCUGCCGGCGCGCGCCUGGCUGCCCACGGCCGCCUUCCAGCACCACGUGGUCAGGGUGCCGCACUCGCAGGCCGUGGUGCUCAACUCCAAGGAUAAGCACCACGUGGUCAGGGUGCCGCACUCGCAGGCCGUGGUGCUCAACUCCAAGGAUAAG